AUGCCCAGAGGAAAACUGGGUGGGAGAGGGGGGAUGGACGAUGAGGGGAUGAGGAGGGCGCCUGAGGUGGUGGCGUUCUAUCAACAGCUGAUGAGGAUGCAGAGGGAGGGACUGGGAGGUGUUGGGGGGAGGGAAGCGGAGGAGGGGUUGAGCAUGACGGCUGUGAGAGGGGAUAUGAUUGGCGAGAUUGAAGGACGCUCGUCUCACCUGCUCGCGGUAAGUGCUGUCAAGCAAAGAAACACAAAAACAGUGGUUGGGGGGAGCGAAGGGGAGGAGGGGUUGAGCAUGACGGCUGUGAGAGGGGAUAUGAUUGGCGAGAUUGAAGGGCGCUCGUCUCACCUGCUCGCUAUCAAGCAGGACGUGGAGAUGCAGGGCGACUUCAUCAACACGUUGGCGAGGGAGGUGCGCGACGCCUCAUACUUUGACAUCGAGGACGUGGUGGCGUUCGUCAACUGGCUGGACGAGGAGCUCGCCUUCCUGGUGGACGAGCGCGCAGUGCUGAAGCACUUUGACUGGCCCGAGGCCAAGGCAGACGCGCUGAGGGAGGCAGCGUUUGAGUUCCAAGACCUAGUGAGGCUGGAGCGCGAUCUGGGCAGCUACGUGGAUGACCCUGACGUGCCCACCGACCAGGCUCUGAAGAAGAUGUUCCACGUGCUGGAGAAGGUGGAGCAGAGCAUAUACGCGCUGCUGCGCACGAGGGACAUGGCCAUCUCACGCUACGCUGAGUUUGGAGUGCCCACCUACUGGAUCCUCGAUAACGGCCUUGUGGGCAAGAUCCGUCUGGCAUCAGUCCGUCUGGCCCGCUGCUACAUAACGCGGGUCACAUCAGAGCUCGACAAGCUGGGCAGCGAGCCCGAGAGUGAGCCCAUUCGCGAGUUCCUGCUGCUGCAGGCCGUGCGAUUCGCUUUCCGCACCCACCAGUUCGCAGGAGGGUUUGACGCAGACAGCAUGCGAGCAUUCGAUGAGCUUCGAGCACGGGCCAACCUCGGAAGCAGUGCCAGCCUCGGCCCCCCUACUGCUGCCGCUGGUGCUGGUGCUGGUUCUGGUGCUGCUGGUGCUGCUGAUACUGGUGCUGCCGCUGCCUCUGCUGCUGGUGCCCCUGCUGCUGCUGAUGGCGUUGGCACACCGUCCAGCAGCGCGCACGCCUGCCCUUCCUUGCGGCGCGCCCUGCCCUUCCUCAAUCCGCCCCUUCCCUCACCCUCCUCCUUCCCUCUCUCCUUUGUGCUCCCCCCCACUACCUCACCUCUUCCUCCUCCUAUUUUCUCUCCCCAUCUGCUGCGGCUCGCAGCUCCUUGUGGCGCGCCCUCCCCUUCCCACAAUCCGCCCCUUCACCCUCCUCCUCCUCUCCUCUCUCCCACUAGUUCCCUCUCCACUAUCUCACCCCUCCUCCACCUCUUUCCUCUCUUCAUCUGCUGCAGCUGCUGUUUCCUCCUCCUCAUGGCGACCUCUCUCGCCCUCCCCUCCCUCCCUCUGCUGGUCCUUCAGCUUGCGCCCGAUGGCAGUGCAGUCAACUUCCCCAGUUGGCUGAACUGUCUUGAGCGCACGCUGUCUGGCACCCUAGUGAGUGGCUUUAACCUUUGGUUUGUCACUCAGCAGAGUGGUUCUGGCGCCAUUCCUACUUCUCCCUCUGCACCCACCUCUUCCUCCUCUGACCCCUAUGCUGAUGGCCUCCGUGCUGCCAUUGCUGAAACUGAGCGGCUUGUGGCCACGGCGCAAGCCACCGCCACGGCUGCUCCUGACAAUGCUGCUGCCCGUGACUUAGCGCGUAUUCUUGCUGAGUCCCUCGAGAGCACCCGCAAGCGCCUCACUGAGCACCUCGCUGCCCCUUCUCCUCGCUCUGCCUCUACGCCCCUUUCCUCUGCUCCAUCUCACUCUGACCUUCUCGCUGACUGGCAUGUUGCCAACGCACGUGCCUGUCAGGUCAUCCUUGCCUGCCUCCCUCCAACUCUUCUCCCUCAGUGCUCGCACAUCCGCUAUGCCAAGGACCUUCUCGGCUAUCUCACCGAGCGCUUUCAGUCACAGACUUCCAUCAGCGUCAUUGCCCUCUUACGCGAGCUCACCUCUCUUCGUCUUGCUGACUUCACCACCAUGGCAGACUACAUCGAUCGUGUGCAGACGCUGUCCUCCCAACUUGCCGCUCAACAGUUUGAACUUUCCGAUCAUGUCUGCGGUGCCCUCCUCCUCACAGGCCUCACUCCUGAAUACAGUAUGCAUGUCACCUUGUAUGGUGAGCGCCCCGCCGACCAGUGGUCGUUCUCCCGUGUCUCUGCCUUCCUCCUCCAGGCUGAGCUCAACCUCCGCAGCUGCCCUCCUACUGCCGCUGCUGUCACACCCUCUUCUGCCCCUCCUCCUCUCUCCACCACCACUGCCGCCGCUGCUUCCUCUCGCCCUCGCAACACCUUUCCUCCUUGCACCUACAUCAUUCGCCAGGGGCCCCGCAAGGGCGGUCCUUGCGGCCGCCGACUCUGGUGCAGGUGCCCAGACCUCUGCUCUCAGUGUGACUAUGCCUAG